AGUGGAGCUCGGUGCCGCUAGGAGUUGUGGGAAACUGAGUUCGUGGGCUCAAGGUGUGGCCUCGCGGAGUUUUCUGGCGCCUUAUCAAAUCACGGUCCAUUUUUACGAGAGCAUUCCUGUCUGCCUUUAUUUGGGGAAAAAAACAGCCCAGAUUUACGUUCCCGCUCCCGCUAAACCCACCCCGCUUUCCCGCGACACCUCUACGAAAACUCCGGAUGCCCGUUCAUCCCACUUUUCCGCCGCUGUGAUUGGCUGCGGGCGGGGAAUCCACCUCUGCGAUUGGCUCAAAAUCGCGUCGGUCACGUCGCCGUUUGUGACUCAUGUGGGAGUUCCCGGAGCGGACGGCGAUGCGAGAGAGAGGCUUUUUUUGCUCAAGCGGAAUGAAGGUGUGUGUGGCUGCGGACAGUGAGUAGCGGGAGCAUGGCGGCAGCGUUCCUGGGCGGUCAGGACGCUCACUCCGUCCUGAAGCGCUUUCCUCGGGCCAACGCUUUUCUGGAGGAGUUGCGUCAGGGAAACCUGGAACGAGAGUGUGUGGAGGAGAGCUGCAGCUUCGAGGAGGCCAACGAGGUGUUUGAGAACAAAGAGAAGACUAUGGAGUUCUGGAAGACCCGCAGUUUAUAUACGGUGAGCAGCGGUGAGCGGUCCGAGCGCGCCGACACCGUCUACAUGGUGAUCCCUCUGCUGGGCGUGGCUCUCCUCAUCAUCAUCGGCCUCUUUCUGCUCUGGAGGUGUCAGCUGCAGAAGGCCACGCGACGCCGCCCCGCCUACCCCCACAACCGCUACCUUUCCUCGGGCCGGUCCUCGCGCAGCCUCCCCCGCAUCCUGGUUCACCGAGACCACCUCCACGAGACUGAGUCCGCCACGGCCGCGCGAUCCGGUAACGCCAACAGCGUCGCGAUAGCUCAGACCACCAACAGCAGCCACCGGACUUCCUUCGGCCAGUCGAGCCGCCUCUAUGUUCAGGAUGCGUCCGUUUCCGUGGCGUCCCGUCUGUCUGGAGCCACGCCCCCUCCGUCGUACGAGGAAGUGACGGGGCACGUGGAGAGCAGCGGCGACGAAAACUCGGCGCCGUCUUACAAUGACCCUCCACCGAAAUACGAAGAGAUCAUCAAGGAAAAGUGAAACUAAACCAGAGUUUGAUCCGUUUGGAAACCCGAGCGUCGGACAGUUGACGCUCGGGUGUGUGACGUCUCACCGGCAAAAUCAGCGGACGGUUUUGGUGAGAAUUUUCUGUGCCAAGUUGCUUUGUUUUUGCCGCACAGUUCUCGGUGAUGCUGUGUUGCCGGUGUCGGUGACGUCGUGGUGAUUUUGGUGAUUUUUUUUGGAUUCAGAAACAAACGUCCAAAAAAAAAAAGAACGUUGUCAAGGAAAAGUGAAGUGGUACACAAGAACUGGCUUAAGCCUUAUUGAUACUUUGCAGUGAUAUGACGCUGGGGGUGUUCUACAUGUAUUUCUAUGGCGGAAUGUGUAGAAGUUAGCAUGGGGACGCAGUGCACACAUUUGCAAACACAGCCUAAAGAGUUUUAAAACACAAAAUGGAUUUAAACACACGUUUUUACGACCCUGUGGUCAAAAUGAGCGUUCAUGGUUCUGUUUAGGAGUUUGAUUUUCAACAAAAAAAAUUUGAAAGUGUUUAACUCAGGGGUCUCCAACCUAUGGCUCUCCACCUCCUUACAAGUAGCUCACCAAAGGAUUAUACGUACUCAAAUUUGAUUAAUUUCCACCGUAAAUGUAUUAUUUUGACCUUUGUGCACUAAUAAAUGGAUAAUGGUUUGAUGUUUUAUAGACAUCUAACUGUACAUCUAAGACUCUUAUAUUGAAUACAUUUUUUUGCAGCCACAAAAAUGAGUAGCGCUUCGGCAUUUUCAUUUUGUAAAGGUAGCUCGCCGGACGCAAAAGGUUGGAGAUCCCUGGUUUAACUUGUUUAACAGCACAAAUCAUCUCACCUGAUGUAGUUACGACUAAAGGCCGCCACACACGACAGGAGAAUUUGCCCGAUUUUGGCUGCGAUUUCUUCUUCCUGAGUUCAGGGAGGCGUGACCCGACAUUUUGUCUUCGUGGGUGAUUUUGUAGCCGCUGCGCUCCUCGUGUUUGUGGUGUCAGUGUCAGAUUGUAACCACGAAACAUUAGCGACUCUACGGCAACUGCCAAUAAAACAGAGUGUGAUGGACACAGAGAUGCAAGAUACAAACUCGGGAUUUAAAGUUGUAAAUUUAAACUGCAGCGUCUCAUCCACAUUAUUUGUGGAAGUUGUCCUGCACAAAUAAUGACCCCAGUCCACAAAAACAGCACUCUUAAUCCAGUGUGAGUCGUUCUUUAAAAGUAAAAAGGCCGGAGUAGUUCCUCACGUGUGUCUGUUUACAUCCACACAGCGCACGGAUCGAGGUGAAGCUGCAGAUCAGCGACAGUGACUCUACUUCCUUUGGACUUUAUCUCCAAUCUUUUAUGCUUUAAAAAUCGCGCAUCUGAAGUUUUGCACCACAUUUCACAAAUAAAAAUAACACAGUUUUGUACGGAAGCCGAGAGGGAUCACAACAAAGUCAACAAACCUAACCCUAACCCUAACCCUAACCCUUCCGUAGUUUUGACUUGUGUCUAAACUAGAAGUGCAAAGUCUGAUCUUUUGAACACUUCAGAGUCUCAGAGCGAGCGGUUUUACUGUCGACAAACAGGAAACAGCUGACGUGAUCUGUGCUUUUAACUUUAUACCCUUUGGUCCGCAGACAGAUCCCGCUGCAGUCUUUGCGAUCGGAGAUUUUAAGUCUCAUCAGAUUCUCCUCGUGUCUGAAAAUCGCUUAAGACCGAAAAAUCCUGUAAUGUGCAGCGGCCUUAAACCAGCUCUUUCUGGUCAGAUUGUGUUCAAAUAAAGCUCUGAUUAAACUCUAACUUGAGUCACAGAGCUUCAGACAUAGCAGUGCUUUCAGUUUGCGUCAUACCCCCAGAGAAUUUUGACGCCACCAGCUGCAAAGUAUCAAUACAAUUUUGUUGUUGGCGCACUUUGGAAAACGUGUACGUUCAACUGCCUCUUUAAACAAUCCUUUGCCAAAAUGAAAACAGUGAAGCUCUGGCGACAUCUGGAAGCUUCUGAAUGUGUCGAGCUGUUGUUUACACUGAGGUCACGUGACUCUCGAUUUGUUUAUCGGCUCCCUGAUUCACAUUUUUCUGUAAAUUAGAAAGAACAGGAGCCUUCACGUCCCCUUAGUACGGACGGGAAAAUUAAGGGUCACGACUUUUUAAACGUGACUGAAAAUUGAAAGUGAAGUUAUCAGAAACCAAAGCCUUCAAACCAGUAAUUGUAAAGGAUUGUUUGAAUAAUGGAACUAAAAUACAUCGAAUAACACACCCAGACCAUAGACUGUAUUUAAAUUAUAGAAAUAUAUCAUGUACUUGACUUCCGUGACUGCAAUACCGGACUGAACUAGGACUAAAACAGGACUAAACCAGGUCUGGGACCAGCUCUGGACUGAGACCAGGACUGAGACCAGGACUGAGGCUAAGACCAGGCCGGGACCAGACCGGGACUGAGACCAGGACUGAAACUGGGACCAGACCAAGACUGAGACCAGGACUGAGAUCAGGACUGAGACUGGGACCAAACCAGGACUUGAAACUGGGACCAGACCGGGACUGAGACCAGGACUGAAACUGGGACCAGACCGAGACUGAGACCAGGACUGAGAUCAGGACUGAGACUGGGACCAAACCAGGACUUGAAACUGGGACCAAACUAGGACUGAGACCGGGACCAGGCUGGGACCAGACUGGGACUGAGACCAGGACUGAGACCAGGACUGAAACUGGGACCAGACUGGGACUGAGACCGGGACUGAGACCAGGCCUGAGACUGAGACCAGGACUGAGACCAAGACUGAGACCAGGAUUGAGACCGGGACUGGGACCGGGACUGGGACCGAGACUGAGACCGGGACUGAGACUGAGACCAGACCAGAACUAAAAAUGGUUUAGUCCUGGUCCUGAUUCAAAGUCCUGGUUCGGUUCGUAUGCGGCGCAAAAGUCCCGUAUCGCAGUCAAGUAAAUGAGAAACGGUCGUUAUCCGUUUUUUCCAUUUUUCUUUUAAACACAAAAUCGAAAACUGAAAAAAUGUAUCUUUAUCUGUUUGUUUUGGAGACAAAUAAUGAAGAAAAUAGCUGUUUUUUCAUUUUCUUAUUUUUGGUUUUAUAUUGAAAAACAAAUGAUAUGUGGAUUCUUCAGUCUGCAGUCUGAACUUAAUCCACUUCUUUAUACAGUCUGUGGUCCAGACUAGUUAAAUUCUUCAUUUUGUGUAGUUUUGACUUAACUGAAUUAAGUCCAAACUACUCAGAUGAAGAAUACUGAACAGAACUCAGUGUGUUUUAACAGAUUAAACAGUUUUGUAGUGAUUUUACAAAGAGCAGAGUCAAACUUGCAGCUUUCGUGUAACAACUUUAGCCUUAAAAACAAAAACGUCGACGCCGAUUCUUUCAUCGUUUUUGAUCCAACUUCCCAACAUAAAACAGCCAUCGUCAUCUUUAUCCUAUGUGGCCAACGAAGGAGGAAGCAACGCGAGGCUCUGAGGGGAGAAAGGACGCCCCCGUGUGGUCACAGUGGAGAUAACGGCCUUUAAACGGGACUUUUGCAUAGGACUGGAGUUACGGUUCAGUUUGUGUUCGCUGCUUUGCUCGUGGUGCUUGUGGAGUGUUUAAAAUGUGACCAUGACUGCAGGAGAGUAGACGGGGGGGGGGUAAAAGGGUCUGUUGUCCCGGGCCCCAGGGUUUCAGGGGCCCGGAAUUGGACCCUAGAAGAAAAUGACCUGUGCUUGUCCACAAAAACACGUGGUUUUACAAUUUUGUCAAGUUUUAGGUUUAUUUAAUGCAUCGUUUUGUUUUUUUCAUAUUGAUUUGCUGUGAGAUCGUGCUGGGGGUGUUCUACAUGUAUCUCUAACGAUGGAAUGUUUAUCUGUUACCACGGUGACACAAUGCACACAUUAGAAAACGCUGUCAGAACAGAUUGAAGAUUUAAGAAGCUCAACAAACAGCACAAAUGGAUAAAAAAAGAGCACAUUUUCAGGAGGCUGUGAUCAGUCCGAGCGUUCGUGGUCCCGUUUAGGAGUUUGAUUUCCGACAAAAACAUGAGAGUGGCGCGAAUCAUCUCACCCGCUGUGGCUCCAACUAAGUAAAUUCUUUCUCGUCAGGUUGUGUUAAAACCAAGUCUAACAGCCUCAGACGGAGCAGAGCCUCUAGUUUUAGCGUCAUACCCACAGGGAAUCAGAUUUUUAGCUUUUCUCACCAUCGUCAAACCGGCUUCAGUUUACCAUAUUUUUCGGAUUAUAAGUUGCUCCAGAGUCUAAGUGGCACCAGCCAAAAAAUAUGUAAUGAAGAAGAAAAAACAUAUAUAAGUUGCACUUUUUGGGGGAAAUUUAUUUUCUAAAAUCAGAGACCAGGAACUGAAAGUCAAGUUGUAGUAAAAACAAUAGAAGAGAAAACAACAGACUGUUUAAGUCACAUAUGAACAGUUCUUCAGAUAAUUGUAACAUAAACAACAGAACAGAACAAGUUUAACAAACUCUCCAUCUCACUCCAAAUCACUAAAUCAGUUCUUCGUCCUCGGUGUCACUUCUGAACAACUCCUCGACCUCCAGAGGUAAACAGAGCGUCGCUUCCUCUUGGUAAAAUGGUCACAUUUUUCUUAAACGCUUUUCCACAUUCAAGGCUCAAAGGGUUUUACAACAAGGAACCACUCACACAUUCACACACACACACUUGCACACCAGUAUACGCAGACCCUGGGGGUGAGGUGGGUUAAGUGUCUUGCCCAAGGACACAACAACAGCACUGAUCUGUGGGAGCUGGAAUCAGACCAGUCAACCUGUGGGUCAGUGGCUCGGACACCUCAACCAAUGAUGUUUAUAAUAAUAAUAAUAAUAAUAAUAAUGCAUCAGCUUUAUAUGGCGCUUUUUUGGACACUCAAAGGCUGCGUUCACACUGCAGCCUGAAGUGACCCAAAUCCGAUUUUUUGGCCUCUAUGUUCCUGUAUCUGAUCUUUUAAUGACAGUCUGAACCACACAGAUCUGAUUUUUUCAAAUGUGACCCAGGACACUUGGAUAUGUGCUCCUGAAACUGAUACAUAUCUGAUCUUUUGACAUGUGACUUCAGCCUGAACGGCCAAAGUGCAUUCAUCCACCUACACGUUAUCAACAAGACACAAACGUCACUAUUCUGCGCUGAAGUAGGUGAAAAUUGUUAAUGAACUCUGUGUCACUGAAGUGAAGCACAUCACCACUCACCACUCUUGGCUCCGUCUCCACAUCCACACGUUCCUUUCAACAGACUGAACCACAAAACACCACGACCAAAAACCUCGUCCUUCUCCUUCUCAAUCUCCUCCUUAACAAGUAAGUUUUUCAUGUUUUGGCUCCGGUACGAGAGGAACUUUAAAAUCUCCAGGUGCUACUUCCGUAAACACAGAGACGCUCACUGCGGUUGACGUCGUCGUGUCUCCAGUGUCACAUGUGGGACACUUUCGGGCCGUUUAAUGUUCACACUGGAGUCACAUACAAGUUGCAUUUAAUUGGAAAUGUGAACGACCUCGAAAAAACAUCGGAUUUCACAAAAAAAUCUGAAUUGAGCGUUAAGCCCUGCAGUCUGAACGUAGCCAAAGACGCUUUACAGAGCAUUAUUCAUUCACUCCAGACUCAGUCGUGGUAAAAUACUACUCUAGACAUAGCUGCCCUGGGACAGACUGACAGAAGCGAGGCUGCCAAUCUGCGCCAUCAACUCCUCCGACCACCACCAUCACUCACGCACGCACCACUUUCAUACUAAACAAUGAGGAUGAAGUGUCUUGCCUAAGGACACAACAACAGUUUUUAAGACUGGCGCUUCCUGUGGCUCCUGAUUUUCCCAGUGUCUCCAUCCAAGUCCUGACCAGACCUGCUGAGCUUCUGAGAUCUGACAGGAUCAGGCUGGUCUGGUCACACACAUAACUUCUUUGGUUCUUUUUAAAGACAGUAAAGUGUAUUUUUCUUGUUGACGUGUUUCGGCUGCUGCUGCUGUAAGCCGUCGUCAGAACUACAUAAAGUAGUGGCAGCAGUAUAAAGGGGCGGCAGUAGCUCAGUUGGUAGAGCAUUCACCCACUGAUUUGAAGGUUGGCUGGUGUGAUUCCAGCUCCCACAGAUGAAUGCUGUUGUUGUGUCCUUGGGCAAGACACUUAACCCACCUUGCCCACUGUGUCUGUGUACACUGGUGUGUGAAUGGGUGAGUGGUUCCUUGUUGUAAAGCUCUUUGAGUGCCUUGAAGGUGGAAAAGCGCUAUAGAAAAAUGUGACCAUUUACCAUAAAGUACAUAAGAAGACAAAAUGAACAUGUUUGACUCAAUGAUGUUCAUGUCCAGAGCAGGAUUCAAACUACCAACCUUUAGAUCAGUGAACAAACGCUUUACCAACUGAGCUACUGCCGCUUCCUCUUCUGUGUCACUGUCGUCAGACUCAGCAUCAGUUCCAGUUAGAAUUAUUUGGGUCUUUCUGAAUCUCGACAGGAUGGUUUUUGUGUCACUGAAGUCCAGGCUUUGUCCAUCCAUCCAGUGACUUCAGGAAAGUUUCAUGGUGCAUCCUCCCGGUUGCCAUGAAAACGUGUUCUCCAUCACCGCCUUUUCCACCAGUCCCUCACAAGUUUCUUUUCUCGCUCACUCCAAACUUUCUUUCUGCUGCUCGAUUUCCGUUUUCGGCUGAAUAUUUCACGACUUGCAGCAGGACAGAGGCUCUUUCUGCAGAGCGAAGUGACACACGAGCCUGUCAGUGUGAACAUUUUAAUAUAUAAGUCACGGGAAACACCCAAACCAUGAAAAAAAGUGCCACUUAUUGUCCGAAAAAUACACGUCUGAAAUCCCAGCUUAGACCUGGAUCGGUUUAGUCCGGGUUUAGUUCUGGUCAGGUCACUCGGUUACACUUACACUUUUUAACUUUACAACCAAACAUUCCGAUUGACAAAACUUCAAAACGAGCUUGAACACAACCAAACCUUUUUACUUUUAGUUUUACAUUUUCAAAGUUUACAUUGACCUACGGUGCACUUCUGUCAGCUUUCCAUUAGUGGCCUAUUAUAUUCUAUACAGUAUUACGUUUUAUUUUUAUUAUUAUUUACAUGUAUUUUAACCAAACUCCACAAUGUUUACGGUGAACGUGUAUUGCAACAAAGUUUGUAUUGUAUUUUUUAUGCACUUUUUCAGUUAUUUGCCAAAUUUCGACGAUCGUUGGCGGUUUUGUGGGCUCGUGUUUUGGUCGUGUGACGCAAACUAGUUUUAAUUUGGGUAAACUUUGGACGCGCCUAAUUUGGCUCCUGAGUGUUUCGUCCUGGUUUAGUUCAUUUAAAGGUGCAUUGUGUAACUUUUCUGGCAGAUGGAGAUGUUAUUGCUUUGGGGAGACCAAACCGGACCAAGUUACAGGUCGGAUCUGUGGAGAGGCGACCCCGCUCACAGUCAGAAUGUUUGUUUUUCAAGGAAUUUUGAGAGAUAAAACCACCUGUAACCACAACUGCAACUUGACUUUUUUUUCUUUUCUUUAUUAUUUGUCUCCAAAACCAAAAUGAAAAAACAGAUAAUGAUUUGUUUUUUCAGUUUUCGAUUUUGUGUUUAAAUGAAAAAUGGAAAAAACGGAUAACGGACUGAACCAGGACUAAACUUGGACUGAACCAGGACUGAACAGGACUAAACCAGUAUUAAACCAGGUCUAAACGAGAACUAAUCUUGGACUUGAGAGAGCGCUGGUCCUUUCUCCUGCGGUCACCCGAUGGUCUGCAUGGGUGCACCUCCAGGCCCGUCCCGAUACUCAGUCCUAGUUCAGUCCUGGUUUAGUCCUGGUGUAGUUAGAUUUUAGUCCUGUUUUAGCCCUGGUUCAGUCCUGGUUCAGUCCUGGUUCAGUCCUGGUGUAGUCCUGGUGUAGUCCUGGCUUAGUCCUGGUUCAGUCCAGGUUUAGUCCAGAUUUAGUCCAGGUUUAGUCCUGGUUUAGUCCUUGUUCAGUCCUGGUUCAGUCCAGGUUCAGUCCUGGUUUAGUCCUGGUUUAGUCCUGGUUUAGUCCUGGUGUAGUCCUGGUGUAGUCCUGGUUCAGUCCAGGUUUAGUCCUGGUUUAGUCCUUGUUCAGUCCUGGUUCAGUCCAGGUUUAGUCCUGGUUUAGUCCUUGUUCAGUCCUGGUUUAGUCCUGGUUCAGUCCUGGUUCAGUACAGGUUCAGUCCUGGUUUAGUCCUGGUUUAGUCCUGGUUCAGUCCGGCUUCACAGUUUAAGUCACGUAAACAGGAAAUGGUCGUUAUCGUUUUUUUUUUUUUUUCAUUUUUCAUUUAAACACAAAGUCAAAAACUGAAAAAACAAAUCAUUAUCUGUUUUUUCAUUUUGGUUUGGAGACAAAUAAUGAAGAAAACAGUUGUUUAUGUGUGUUCUUAUUUUUGGUUUUAUUUUGAAAAAUGAAUAAACGAAUAAUACACGGAUUUGCCAGCUCAAUGAGACGACACAAUCGCAGCCCAAAACUUACGACAUGUUGGAACAGCGAUACCAAAAAGUGUCAGAACAUGGGCGGUGGACUUAAACGUGUCUAUCUCUGAUUUAUAUUGACGUGCCAUCUCCAGAAAGUUACACACUGGGGCUUUAAAUAAUCUGAGUCCAGAACAUUUACCUUGAUUUUGUGUUUUUGACACUUCCAGAGUCACUUUUUUCUGACUUUAAUUACAUUUUAUUUUUACUUGCUGGUCAUUUUUUAUAAGAACACUUAGAGACAAAUCAGAAAAGUAAAAAGUAUUUAUACACACAAAACAAAAGCUCCAGUUCUGCACAUUUAAAUCUGUCAAAAAGCAAAAAUAAUCCUUUAACUCACGAAGGCGGCACUGAGGAGCUGUGUUCAUUAUGUUCAUAUGUUAAUACCGGUGUAACUACAUACAUGCGAGUGCGUUUUGUACUGUUUUUAUUUAAAUGUGUGAGACUUUGCUUUAUAAUGUCUUCCCUUUUUUCCUCUGAGCGAUUUCUGCUUUUCUAAGUCCAAACUGUAUUAAGUAUUAUCAGUAAAUAUCAAUAAAGGGCACUAUACAGUCGAUGUUUGAUAUCACACAA